UUGAUCUUUUGAUUGUAUUUCGUUUGGAUUUGAAGAAGUUUUGAAGAUGUUUCCUGAUGCCAGAGGAGAAGAGAAGCAGCUUUGGACCUUUGCUGUAAGAAGACUGUGGCCGUUUCUCAUGUAAUGAUUAGAACCAUAUUUCUGUGUGUCCUCCUGCGGUGUCACAGCCAGCCGCCCCUCGGACUCAGGCCUUCCUCCAAGCAGCGGGCCUCCCCAGGGCCUACACCCAAUGCUAAUGUGAACUCCAUAUAGGCAAUGAAGCUGACCUUCAUCACACUGAUGAAUUACAGAUAAGUUGAAAUAGAAUAAAAAGAUUCACACUAAAGAGUUUUGGAGAAGGUCGAGUUUCUUGAUGCAGCCACAUGGUCAAUAAACUGUUUGCCUUCCUCAGCUUCACCAGAUGCUGUAGCAGCUGGGUCUGAAACCUUCCUCCUUGGGCUCCAUUUUCAACUUCCUCAGCCAGAUGAAUACUCACAACUGUGAUGACAGACAGACGGAUAAAGAUGAAGAGGGCGGACGACAAAGGUAACCUUCAGUUUUCAAGAUCAGAAAAGGCUUUAGAAUUCCAGAUGACAGCAUUCACUGCAGAGAUAUCAGGGAUCAUUUUGGCACUUUGAUGGGUGAUGGACAACAAACUGGUCAAGUCAGUCUUAUGUAGCGAUUCAUCAGCCGUGUUGACAUCAAUAGAGAAGCAAACUCCAAAUCCAGACCCAAUUUUCUAUUAGAAAUAUUUCAAGCACUGUUUCACAUUCUCAGAGCAGGGUGUGAGGUGGUUUUAUUUGGGUUCCAGCACAUAUGGGUGUGGAGGGCAAUGAGGAAGCAGAUAGCUUGGCACAAAGAGCAACCAAGGAGGAACGAAUAGAAUUUGAUUUACCACACGGAAAGUCAGAUUAUGACUCUGUCAUUAACAAACUUGUCAAAGAAAUAUGGCAGAAGGUUUUGGAAACAAAAGAAGAGGGGGACUGAUUUUGCUAUUCAAGGUAAAAUGGGAAAAGUAAGAAGGCACUCCACUGAUGCAAGAAGAGACUCAAUUGUUCCAACCCGGCUAAGACUCAGACACUGCAGUCUGAAAAGUGGACUGGCUUUGAUUGGGAAGCACAGAGAGAGGAACUGUGAGUGUGGUGAAGUAGAAACUGUGAGAAAUGUUCUUCUGAAGUGUAAGCUCUACUCAUGCCAACAGAAGAAACAUUAGAGACUAGGAGCAGCUGGACGAACUGUUUUUAAUCUUUGCUUUCUACUUAACAUGGAGGAGUGGACAAAUAUGAAGAAACUUCUGAACUUUCUCAUGACCACAGGACUGCAUAAGAAAUAUGGAGGAUUCUCUAAGGACUAUGAGUAACAUCCAGUAGGUGGCAGCAAUACGCCAGUGAUGCGUCUAGUCCGCCUAAUUCAAUGAGGAAGAAGAAAGUAACUCAUUGUUUCUGCCGGAACUUCACAGUGUGACACCCGGCGGAUGUGAACAAAGAAGCAUGAGCAGAGUUAGCUUCACUGCUGUGUGGACUGAGCUAUGAAACGGCUGUAUUAUAGUAUGAAUGAGAAAUAUCAGAGCGAUAAAGUAACGAUGUGUUCAGUUGAGUAUCUGAGAGAGUUGAUCAGCGACAGACUAACUGCUGCUGCUGGAGAAAUAUUCUCUGAGUUUGAAAAAACCAUCGUCCAGUACCAGGAGGAGAUCGAUCGUCAGCGCAGACUGCUGGAUGUCAUCUGGAAACCACACAUCCCCUUACAACCCAUAGAGCUCCCACAGUCUUAUGUCUGUGAGAAUGAGAAGACUGUUGACCAUCAGCCCCAUGACCAGGAGAGAAACUCCAUGGUGGACCAUGAGGACCCAGAGCCUCUAUGGAUUAAAGACCAGCAGGAGGAACUCUGCACCAGUUGGACCCAAACAAACCCAGAGUUUUCUCAAAUUAAAAUGGAACAGGAAGAAUUGUGCAUCAGUCUGGACCAAUCAAACCCAGAGAUUUCUCAAAUUAAAAUGGAACAGGAAGAAUUGUGCUCCAGUCAGGACCAAUUAAACCCAGAGAUUUCUCAAAUUAAAAUGGAACAGGAAGAAUUGUGCACCAGUCUGGACCAAUUAAACCCAGAGAUUUCUCAAAUUAAAGUGGAACAGGAUGAACUCUGCUCCAGUCAGGAGGAAGAGUUAAUUGGAUUGAAACAGGAGACUGAUACCUUUGAGGUGACUCCUGCUGAUGAGGAAAGUGACCACAGUGAACCAAAACCAAACAGUGAUCAGCUCCUGUUUCACAUCUCUUGUGUAGCUGAGAGCUCAGAUCAGGAAGGAAGCAAGGAUGUAGACUCAGGAUCAACUGGAUGUAUCGAGCAGAAACCAAGACAUCAGAGUAACAGCAGUCACAGUAAUGAUGUAGACAAUGCUCCAUUGUCAGCGAGACAGUGUGAUAAUGACAAGGCAAGAAAAUCUGCAACAUGCGAGGUCUGUGGAAAAGCUUUCAGCAAUAAAUCAGUUUUAAUCGUACAUCACAGAACCCACACAGAGCUCCCACAGUCUUAUGUCUGUGAGAAUGAGAAGACUGUCGUUGACCAUCAGCCCCAUGACCAGGAGAGAAACUCCAUGGUGGACCAUGAUUACGCAAAGCCUCUACGGAUUAAAGACCAGCAGGAGGAACUCUGCACCAGUCUGGACCAAUCAAACCCAGAGUUUUCUCAAAUUAAAAUGGAACAGGAAGAAUUGUGCACCAGUCUGGACCAAUUAAACCCAGGGUUACCACAAAUUAAAGUGGAACAGGAUGAACUCUGCUCCAGUCAGGAGGAAGAGUUAAUUGGAUUGAAACAGGAGACUGAUACCUUUGAGGUGACUCCUGCUGAUGAGGAAAGUGACCACAGUGAACCAAAACCAAACAGUGAUCAGCUCCUGUUUCACAUCUCUUGUGUAUCUGAGAGCCCAGAUCAGGAAGGAAGCAAGGAUGUAGACUCAGGAUCAACUGGAUGUAUCGAGCAGAAACCAAGACAUCAGAGUAACAGCAGUCACAGUAAUGAUGUAGACAAUGCUCCAUUGUCAGAGAGACAGUGUGAUAAUGACAAGGCAAGAAAAUCUGCAACAUGCGAGGUCGGUGGAAAAGCUUUUAGUCAUAAAUCAGAUUUAAUCAAACAUCGCAGAACCCACACAGGUGAGAAGCCAUAUGCUUGUGGAAUCUGUGGAAAAAGCUUCAGUCGACGGACCAAUUUGACUACCCACAUAAGAUGUCACACAGGUGAGAAGCCGUUUUCUUGUGACACCUGUGGAAAAAGCUUCAGUCAUCGGUUCCAUUUGACUAGACACAUAAGACGUCACACAGGUGAGAAGCCGUUUCUAUGUGGAACCUGUGGAAAAAGCUUUCGUCAACAUUCCAGUUUGACUAUCCACAUGAGACAUCACACAGGUGAGAAGCCGUUUUCUUGUGACACCUGUGGAAAAAGCUUUAGACGACGGGACUCUUUGACUAUCCACAUGAGACGUCACACAGGUGAGAAGCCGUUUCUAUGUGGAACCUGUGGAAAAAGCUUUCGUCAACAUUCCAAUUUGACUGUCCACAUGAGACGUCACACAGUGGAGGAAGAGCAGUGUCGCCAGGACCAGGAGGAGACUGCAGCAGCUGCUGCGGUAGCUGAGAGGAUGGAGGAGGAAGAAGGGGAUCUUUGUGAUGAGGGGGUUGCCAUGAAGGAGGAGGACCCCAUAGGCAGACCCCAAGUGCAGUACAAGCAGCACCAGCGCAUCGCUGGGAAAAGGCGCGGAAAAAAGCGGAGGUUGGACUUUGAGGAUCCGAAGCCACUGAUGCAAGCAGGACCUUCAAAUCGGCCCAUCCAGCCCAAACCUGCCACCGGCACCUCAGUGUCCUCCCUUCAACCCGCCAUUUCAGCAGCACCGAUACUGCUGGUGGUGCCAGCACAGCCUGGGGCGCCAUCUGUCCAGUUUGCCGGGCCCUCCUGCAGUCAAGUGUUUGUGCCUGCUCUGCUCAAGCCCACCGUGCGCAACAAGUCACAGAGACCAUGUGCGGCUUGCCAGGUACUGCAGUGUGGUGGCAUGCGCAAAAUAUACAUGCCUUCCAAGGAGAAAGUAGGUAGGAGCAGGCAGAAAUGGUUCAAUUUUUGCCCCAAGACCGGCAAAUCCCCCACACCUGGCUUUGAAGGUGUGGUGUACACCAGCUUUGGACAUUUUCAAAGUAUUGUAGACAAGGAACUGGAGAGGAGAAACAACCAACAGCUCUGAAGCCUCGCUAGACUGUUGGCAGUUGCCUCUGCUGCUGCUGCUGCUGUUAUUUGCUGUUUGGACAUUUUAACUUACUGUUUGUUAUGUGUGUACUUCUGAGAAGGUCACUAUUGUUCUUUGUUUGUGGCUGCCUCUUGUUUAAUUUCAGUUCAUUUAUUUAUCUAGAAGUAACCGUGCACGAUAAUUUGCCAUUUGCUGCACCAAACCAAAUUUACACUGAUUCUAAUUGAUAUCGUCACUUUGCCACUUCUUCAAAAGCCUUUGCCUAUGUCUUUGUGGUAUUAGACAGAUUGAGGACCCGACCAACGCUGCUUGCAGCUUGAAUUAUUAUUAUUAUUAUUACCUCCGCCAAGGAGGUUAUGUGACACCCGGCGUUUGUGUGUCUGUCUCUGUCUGUUAGCAAGAUAACUCAAAAACACCUGGGCACAUUCAGAUGACAUUUUGAGGGGAUGUAGACUAUGGUAAGAGGAAGAGCUGAUUUAAUUUUGGUGGCAAUCCGGAACGGAUCCCGGAGUCUAGAUCACUUUGAAUUUUUUGUAAACAUUGCGGUUAAUAGGGCUCAGAAAUGUGUUACUCGAUAUCUCGGAAAAUUUUCAGCCGAUGUUCAUGUAAUUUCACAAACAUGACGGGGGUGGAUCCCCAGCAUCCCACAAAGUUUCACCCGGAUUUGAUCCGGAUUGCAGAUUUAAGACCGAUUUUUCAAAAUAGGGGGGUGCCAUUACAUUUUGACCAUCAGUGAAGUUGGUAUCAUAGGCAGAGCUUUCUAACCAAAACUAUCUUAUAGCUGAGUGAAUUCCGCAACUGAAGUGUCCUCACAUAUUUGUUCCACUAUGAUACUUUUCGAGCUACACCCAAUUGAAUUCUGGACAAAUUUUCAGACAUGACGAUUCUACAAAAAUAUGUCAUUACACGUCGAACAUGGGCCGAUUUGCCAAUUUUGAUGAAUUUGCAGGGAAUGUUGAGAUUGGUAAGAGGAAGAAAUGAUUCAAUUUUUGGGGUGAUCAAGAUCACUGUGAAUCUGUCAUAUAUUAUCAUAUUUAACAUUGCCUUGAAUGAGGACUAAAUGUUCAUUAUUCAAUAUCUCAUUCAAUUUCAGGCCCAUGUUCAAGUCACUCAGCUUAUGUCAGGAAUACUUCACCAUGAUUUCCCGAAGUUUGAUCCGGAUCGGAUCGGAUUUUGGAAAAAUUUUUAGAAAAAAAUUGGUUUAGUAUGUCGUCCAAAAUGGGCAAAACGUCAUAGUUACCUCCGCCAAGGAGGUUAUGUGACACCCGGCGUUUGUCUGUCUGUCUGUUAGCAAGAUAACUCAAAAACACCUGGGCACAUUCAGAUGAAAUUUUGAGGGGAUGUAGACUAUGGUAAGAGGAAGAGCUGAUUUUAUUUUGGUGGCAAUCCAGAAAGGAUCCUGGAUUCUGGAUCACUUUGAAUUUUUUGUUAACAUUGCAGUAAAUGGGGCUCAGAAAUGCGUCACUCGAUAUCUUGGAAAAUUUUCAGCCGAUGUUCAUGUAAUUUCACAAACUUAUGACGGGGGUGGCUCCACAUCAUCCCUCAAAAUUUCACCUGGAUCUGAUGCGUGGGAAUGUCAAUAUCCUUGACGGGGGUCUGCGCUCUCUGAGUGCUUUUCUAGUUAUUAUUAUUAUGUGUAUUUGUGCCGAAUUUUUUAUGCUUGAAUGUUAAGUGUACAUUGCAUUUAAAGGUUUUGAAAUUUUCGGAUUAUAUAGCAUUAUGCGUGGAUUGAGGAAUGACUUUUAUUCCUGGUGCCUUCCUCAUCCCCCCCCUCCCUCCUCAUGAAGUAGCUAUUAGAAUGAUUGUCCUGUAUACUUGAAGUUUAUUACUACCUCUACUGAGACGCUUCUCCGUAUUUGUAAAUAGUAUUACUAGUAGUUUUUUGUGUUGUAGAGUAUGUGUUAUUUGUAAUAUUUGCUCAUUUAAAGUAAUAGUAUUUUCUGAAGAUAUUUUAUGUAAUCUUUAUAUUUGCAAAAUAACAAAUACAAUCAAUAAAAAUAUUGGUGGCAUUUCAA